UUUCCUUAUGCUCGCCAUGUCUAUAAAAGAAGAACCUAGGGUCACCUGUAGUCACACAUCUGCUCCGGUAUUCAGCGCACUUAGUGAGAGUUACUUCCCAGGAGACCUCAGCAUAAAAUGACUUUCUUCGUAUUUCUGGCUUUCUUCUUAGUGCUUGCUGCACCAUCAUUACAGCAAGGGGGACAUGGUCAUGGUGGCUAUAGAGACCACGCCUACUGCUACGACCGAUGUAAUAACGCUUACCAGAAAAAUCACAACAGCUACCAUGUCGACGAAUGUAACUGCAAUGGCUACAACUUCCCAGGACACAACAACUGUGGUCACAUCGACACUUCCUGCAUCGCCAACAGUUACGACGCCACCUACAACGUGUACGCCUGGACAUAUGACCACAGGAUAAACUCCUGCAAGAAGGUCAGCGUCUUGAGUAGAUGUGUGGACAGCUACACACCCCAGAGAAACAUCUUCCAGAGCCAGCAAGCUUGUGUCAGAGCCUGUGAGCCCAACAGAGGAUAUUAAGUGGACACCGCUAUUUGAUUGCAGUUGGUUGUUAGUGGAUAUUAGUAAACCUAGAUUGUAGUGUUCAAUGGGUUUUUUUAUUGUGUAUUUGUUAUCAAUGCUCUAUUCUGUAAGCACUUUAAAAAGUUAUGUAUUUAUUUAAGUUCUAGAAAUGGUUGUGGCUUAUAAACAUAUGUUAUGACAUUUAAUUGAACUAGUGUUGACGUCAUGUAUGUAUGGAAAUAAAAUAUACAUUGAAAUA